GGGUGCGCCCGAGACCCACGCCCGCGGAGCGGCGGGGGCUGCCAGCGGGCGAGGGGCCGUGGCUCCUGGUCACAGCUCCCCUGUCUUUUAUGAGCAGCGAGGGGGCAAAGCGGCAUCGGGGGACACCCGGUGGAGCAUUUCUUCCCCGAGUUUAUGAAUGGCACUGACAUGGAGGAAAUACCGUUUCAGAAAGUCAAGACCAAGAGGAAGAAGUGCUACCAUUGCUGCUGCUCCCUGCAGGCUGCCGCGGCGUCGGGAACGGGAGCCGGGUUGGGGGAACCCCCUCCCUUGCUGCUGCUGGAUGCCAUCGCCUGCGAGGACGAGUUUGACUGCAAGGAGCUGGAGGCUCUCUUCCAGAGCUACAACCUGAAGCUGGAGCAGACGUCCACCCUCAAGGCGCUGGCCGUCCUCAUUGUGCUAACCGCCAGCCUAGCCCUGGUGGAGCUGCUCUCCGGCCCCAGCCUGACCAUUUCCAAAGGUUCGCACCCGGUGCACUGCAUCAUCUUCCUCUCCCUUUUCAUCGUUACCAAUGUCAAGUAUCUGCAGGUCACUCAGCUGCAGCAGAUCGUCAAGCUCACCUUGCUCUUCAGCUUCACCUUCUCCUUCCUCUGCUGCCCAUUCUCCCUCGGCGCCUAUGGCGUGGAGCCGCCCAGCGCUCCCGAGCAGGGCAUGUGGCAGCUCAUGCUGGUAACCUUCGUCUCCUACUCGCUGCUUCCCGUCCGGACGCUGCUGGCCAUCGUCUUCGGGCUGGUGGUGUCCGUCUCCCACCUCAUCGUCACCGCCACCUCAGUCAGUGCCAAGCGGCAGCGGCUCUGGAGGACGCUUGUGGCCAAUGCAAUCCUUUUUGUCAGUGUAAAUUUGUAUGGCGUCUUUGUGAGGAUUUUGACAGAAAGGGCUCAGAGGAAGGCAUUCCUUCAGGCCAGGAACUACAUUGAAGACAGGCUGAGACUGGAGGAUGAAAACGAAAAACAGGAACGUCUCUUGAUGAGCCUUUUGCCCAGGAAUGUUGCAAUGGAAAUGAAGGAAGACUUCCUGAAGCCUCCUGAAAGGAUUUUCCACAAGAUUUACAUUCAAAGGCAUGACAAUGUUAGUAUUUUGUUUGCAGACAUUGUGGGGUUCACUGGUUUGGCAUCACAAUGUACUGCCCAAGAACUGGUGAAGCUGCUGAAUGAACUUUUUGGAAAAUUUGACGAAUUAGCUACAGAAAAUCAUUGCAGAAGAAUAAAAAUCCUAGGGGACUGUUACUACUGUGUAUCAGGAUUGACCCAGCCCAAAACAGAUCAUGCCCAUUGCUGUGUUGAAAUGGGACUGGAUAUGAUUGACACCAUCACAUCUGUUGCAGAAGCCACGGAGGUUGAUCUCAACAUGAGAGUUGGAUUGCAUACAGGCAGGGUGCUUUGUGGGGUCCUGGGUCUCCGAAAAUGGCAAUAUGAUGUCUGGUCAAAUGAUGUGACAUUAGCUAAUGUAAUGGAAGCUGGAGGACUGCCUGGGAAAGUUCACAUUACAAAGACCACCUUAGAGUGCCUAAAUGGAGACUACGAGGUAGAACCAGGAUAUGGUCAUGAAAGGAACAGUUUCUUGAAGAAGCAUAAUAUUGAAACUUAUUUUAUUGUGCCAUCCCAUCGUAGGAAGAUAUUUCCUGGACUGAUUCUCUCAGACAUUAAGCCUGCCAAAAGAAUGAAGUUCAAGACAGUCUGCUAUCUGCUUGUUCAGCUCAUGCACUGUCGCAAGAUGUUCAAAGCAGAGAUCCCUUUCUCCAACGUCAUGACAUGUGAGGAUGAUGAUAAGAGGAGAGCAUUAAGGACAGCCUCCGAAAAACUCAGGAAUCGCUCCUCUUUUUCUACCAAUAUUGUAUACAACACUCCAGGAACUCGAGUGAACAGAUACAUCAGCCGCUUGAUAGAGGCUCGGCAAACUGAGUCUGAGAUGGCUGACUUGAACUUCAUUACCCUGAAGUAUAAGCAAAUUGAGCGUGAAAAUAAAUACCACCAGCUUCAGGAUGAGUAUUUCACCAGUGCUGUGGUUCUCUCACUGAUUCUAGCUGCCUUAUUUGGCCUUGUCUACCUUCUAAUAAUACCACAGACUAUCGUAGUUCUUGUUCUCCUGGUGUUCUGCAUAUGCUUCCUAGCGGCUUGUAUUAUGUAUCUACAUGUCACACGAGUACAAUGUUUUCCAGGGUGCCUGACAAUAGAAAUUCGUACCAUUUUGUGUAUUUUUAUUGUGAUCCUAAUAUACUCUGUGGCUCAAGGCUGUGUGGUUGGCUGCAUGCCUUGGGUUUGGAAUACAAAUUCCAGCAGCUCAAUAGUUAUAAUUUCUCCCGGUGGGACAAAUAAAACAAUGAAUGAACUUCCAUGUGACACAGCCCACUAUGCUUUCCUUUCCUGUGUAGUGGGGACUCUCACCUUGGCAAUAUUUCUACGUGUAUCUUCCUUGCCAAAAAUGAUUCUCCUGCUUUUUGUUACAAUUUUGUACAUAGCUAUUCUGGAACUCAGUGGUUACAGAAAAGCAGUGGGGGGCGGCUCCUUUUAUAUGCGUGGCUAUGAACCAAUACUAGCUAUCUUGUUGUUUUCUUGUGCUUUAGCACUGCAUUCAAGACAGGUGGACUUGAAACUGCGUCUGGACUACCUCUGGGCAGUGCAGGCAGAAGAAGAGAGAGAUGAUAUGGAGAGAGUCAAGUUGGAUAAUAAAAGAAUUCUUUUCAACCUGUUGCCAGCCCAUGUUGCACAGCACUUCCUUAUGUCUAAUCCAAGAAAUAUGGACCUUUAUUACCAGUCAUAUUCACAAGUGGGAGUGAUGUUUGCUUCCAUCCCAAAUUUCAAUGAUUUCUACAUAGAAUUGGAUGGCAAUAAUAUGGGAGUGGAAUGUUUACGCCUGUUAAAUGAAAUUAUUGCUGAUUUUGAUGAGCUUAUGGACAAAGAAUAUUAUAAGGAUAUUGAAAAGAUCAAGACAAUUGGAAGUACAUACAUGGCAGCUGUGGGACUUGUACCUACUUCAGGAACUAAGGCUAAAAAAUCAAUUUAUUCCCAUCUGAGUACACUGGCAGAUUUUGCAAUAGAGAUGUUUGACGUUCUUGAUGAAAUCAACUAUCAGUCUUACAAUGACUUUGUCCUACGAGUUGGUAUUAAUGUUGGGCCGGUAGUGGCAGGAGUCAUUGGAGCCAGAAGACCACAGUAUGAUAUCUGGGGGAACACUGUGAAUGUUGCCAGCCGAAUGGAUAGUACUGGAGUGCAGGGAAAGAUUCAGGUGACAGAAGAAGUUCAGCGGAUAUUAAAAAGAUGCAGUUAUGAAUUUGUGUGCAGGGGUAAAGUCAGUGUAAAGGGGAAAGGUGAAAUGUUGACCUAUUUCCUGGAAGGAAAGGCUGAUGGAAAUAAUUCCCAAACGCGGUCUUUAAAUUUAGAGAGGAAAACGUACCCUUAUGGGAGAGUAAACAUUCAAACAAAACUGGGCACCAGCUGUCCAUCAGUGUCCUCAGUUGCUAGCUUUACUGUAAAACCUGCUCCUGGAGCAGGUCAAGUAUCUACGACUCACACAAACCAAACCCUGCAUUACCUUCCUUCUGUGCCAGCUGUGAAGGAGGCAUAAAACAAAAGAGAUUUGGUUGUGCCACUUGCAGUGAACUUGGAGAGCAAUGGUUGCCUGAAUUUUUACUAAGAAGUCAGAGAUCACAGGCCAUGUCAUUAACCAUGGACCACUACAACCCAACCAAAGAGAACUUGGGGACUGUGUAAUGAACUCUUGGGAUGGAACAUACAAGGGCUAGCAAUUCUGUUAUGAAAAGUCAAAACAGGGUUUUCUGGAAAUGAGGAAUAUUUUCUUGGCAUUUUUAAACAGUAAAUGAAAAAUAAAUAGAUAAAUGUGCAAGCAAUUAUUUAUGUGUGUGUGUAUGUAUAUAUAUGUUUUAAUCUAUAUAUGCAUACAUACAAACAGUUCUAUGUAGACUUAAUAGAGAUUUAUAGAGAUGAACAUAGAAAUGUGUAUUUAUUUACACAUCCACCUGCAGUGACAUAGCAAAGAGAUUUUGCUUUCUGUCAUAGCCAGAAUUGUUGGGCCUGGGGUCAGCAAAGCUGCAUUUAACCAUGGAGUGUGGGAUGCCUGGAGACUCUCCAGGGCUACAGCAAGACUUUGAGAAACUGUGCUCCCAGUGCAUGAAUUAAUGCAAUGAGAACAGUGUUUAUUGUGCUGUCAAUGGCAGAUCAAUGAAGACUGGAUUCAGCUAAUUAUAGAACUUUACAUAUCUUUUUAAGUUCUCCUUGCAUACUCCAAAAACUUCCAAAAACUUUCAAUCAAACCAUUACACUAGGAUAUACAGUAGGCAAACCACAGAGCUUUAAGUUUAGGCAAAAGAACAGUAUGUAUUCUUUCCAUUAAAAACAAUACAAGAGUGGUAAAGCUUAGAAUUUGCUACCUCUUUGUAGGUCAUUUGACUCUGUGCAAGAUAGAGGAGCCACCCUUAAAGCACAGCAAUAUGCUUAUGCAAUAUAGAAACAUUCCUGUAUUUACAGUGCUGAUUUUACUGAGGAACAGAAGGAUGGUAUUAUUUUAGGCUUUUAGAAAUAGCACAAGUCCUCUGGCUCAAGUCCAGGAUUAACCAUUCUGAACAGCUCAAAGAAUUGUCCAGUACUGGUGACAAAAUGCUGUUGCUAGUUUUGUGACAUUUGUAUGUUUGCCAACAUAGUUUUAUAUAUUAAUUGAUUUUUAAAUUUAUGCCACACAGUUUUAUUAUACCUUGAUUCUAUCCAGACUCACUCUUCAAAGCUGUACAAUUAUGAAAGCUAUAGUUCUGAGAAACAAGCACAGUCAAACUUUGUCAAAUGAGGAGCACUGGUAAAUGUGCCAGGAGAGCAAGUCCAGCUCUUAAUCUGCUUAAAAAAGAAUAUAUUGUGGCUGCUUUUUUCCUCUACUGCUGCCCAUAUCAUAUUGUUUAUGGUUUCAUACUGAAAUGAUGAUCUGGAUGUGAAAUGUGGAAUGCAACUCCACAGUCAAGGGGGAGCAGUUGAAGGUCAUCCUGCUGAGGGACAUGUACUCCAUGGACAGGUGCCAUAUAGUCCUGACAGGGAUUCACAGGCUAAUUAAUCUCAGCUGCUUUCCAAAAGAGAAUUAAAGGAUUCACAGGCUAACUAAUCCCAGCUGCUUUCCAAAAGAG